UUGUCUAAGUUGAGGUAAGAACAAAAUAUUGAAAAAUGGUGGUGUUUUCCAUUAAAGCAAACGUUGACUUCAGUUUAAUAUAGUUGUUAUUAUUUUGUUUUUGAAUAUAACAGUCUUUUUUCUUGGCCUUGAACUAACAUGCAUUUUCCUUGUGUCAUGCCAAUUUUUUAUGUCACUUUUGGCCACUACUGUACAUUUAUAACAACUGGAAACAUUAAUACUGUAAGUCUGUAAAAACAAGUUUUAGAUCAUAAAAGCAUUAGCAAUAAAUAUGUAUCAGUUUUACAUUUUGGUAAAGAAUUAGUUAGAGGUAAUGUGUCUGACUCUGAGGGGUGUCAGGGUGCAUUACCCAACCCGUGGCCCUCUUGUGGAUUCAGAUGUCAGUGCCACACGACUAUUGACACAGAUGAACCUGUUGGUGGGUUGCUGAGUUAGUGGGGGAUGGGGGUAUGUGAGGAGCAAAAGAGAGAGAAUAAUGUGAUGAGAAAUCCAGACAGAGGCCCGACAUAAACACUUCAUGAGAAACGAGAAAUACCCUGGAACAAGAAGACUAAAUUACUUGCUGGAAGGAUGGUGUUACAUUCACAAACAAACGACUAUCCAUGUGCAGGUAGACAAGCAUGGAUAAAGUAACACUACACAUGAUAUAUACAACAUUGCACAUUAUUAAGUCUAAUUAAAUAUUAUUUUAAACAAGCCAAAGCAUCUACCUAUUUAGGAGACUCAAGAAUACCCACACCUGGCCUACCAGACAAGACCUGGUUGUCACAGCGACGUCAAACAGACGGGUUAAACAGAAAGGAAACACCUGUCGCACGGACACUGACAUAUCAGCCACAUGGACAGCAUUACUGCAUAAUGACUCAUGGCCAAAGUCUUAUACCUGUCAUCUUUUACAAAUGCUCUGCAAGUAACUUGUGAAACUAUUAUUGGAUAUAUCUGCAGGAAUUAAAUUAUUACUCAGAGAAAACACAAAAGCAAAGGUGAAGAUGCCAGAGAAAAUGUGCAAGUUUCAGGGUCAGUGUUAUCAUAAAUUGAAGAGAGCAUGUUUGAAGCGAGGCACUCUUUUCAAAGACCCAUACUUUCCUUCAUCAACCGAAUCAUUGUUUUAUAAAAGAGCGCCCCCUCCAGGACUGACAUGGAAGAGACCUAGGGAAGUAUGUAAGGACCCACGACUAUUUGUGGAUGGAAUCAGCACAAGAGAUCUGCACCAGGGCAGUUUGGGUAACUGCUGGAUGGUGGCGGCCACAUCCUGCUUAGCCUCAGAACCUUCACUCUGGAAGAAGGUGAUUCCAGACCAUGCCGAGCAGGAGUGGAACCCAAAACGUCCAGAUCUGUAUGCUGGAAUUUUUCACUUUUGUUUCUGGCGACUGGGCCAGUGGACAGAUGUUGUUGUAGAUGAUCGUUUACCGGUCGGUGAGGAUGGAACGCUGCUCUUCUGUCGUUCUGCAACACCACGGGAAUUCUGGAGUGCUUUACUGGAGAAAGCCUAUGCCAAGCUCAAUGGGUGUUAUGAAGCUCUAGAGGGAGGUAAUACAGCUGAAGCGCUGGUUGAUUUUACUGGUGGUGUCUCUGAACCCCUCAGUCUGGACCAAGAGGAGUUGAUGCAGCAUGCUGACAAGAGGAAGAUGCUGUUCCAGACACUAGCCUAUGCCCACAACCAUAAAUCACUUAUAACCUGCUCAAUUCGGCCAGCAGAAGGCGAGCAAGUAGAAUCAGUUCUGGACUGUGGAUUGAUAAAGGGGCAUGCAUACGGUGUGACUGCAUUCAGAAAACUCCGUACAUCAGAGAAUCUGCAGAUCAUGUGUGACACACCCCAUAUAUUUAUGGUGCGGAUGAGGAACCCGUGGGGCACAACUGACUGGACAGGAGCUUGGAGUAUCGGGUCUCCUCAGUGGCAGCAUCUGGGAAGCAAGGAUAAGGAAAAGAUGGGGCUUAUUGUCAGAGAUGUGGGAGAGUUUUGGAUGGAAUUUGAAGACUUCUGCAGUUACUUCACAGACAUGGUGGUAUGCAGAUUGCCAGAAAAUUCCUUUCUCUGGCCCCAGACUUACUGGAGGGAGGUUCGAUGCAUGGGGGAAUGGACUUACACACCUGUAAUCUCACCCACACAAUCCACACAUCUGAACAUUAAGGCCCAGAAGCCCUCCACAGGGCUGCAGUGGUCCAAACAAAUGCCAACUCAGAGAAGAGAACAAAGUAAGCAACAUUUAAGUGAAAGACAAAAGGAGGAACACUUUCAAGAAGAAAAAUGGAAAAAAAUCGAAAAUCAAGAUGUCAAGGCAAGUACGGUAAGGAGAGGACACAGACCCUUAAACGCGGAGUGUAUGAAAAAAACAGGAGUAGGUGAGGGAAGAUGGGAGAGACAAACGGACAAAAGAAGUCGAUGUGGAGGGUGUAUCAAUCACAGAGAUACGUUUCUACACAACCCCCAGUUUAUGUUUGACGUUGGUGGAGAUGGGGAUGAGGUGUUAAUAUCUCUGCAGCAGGAGGACAGGAGGAUGAAAAGGAAGGAGGGAAGAGGGGAGAACCUACCAAUUGGCUUUGAGGUUCUAAGGGUGGAGGCAAAUCGUGUGUUGCGGGUUCAGUGUUUAUGUGAGCAGGCUGCUAGCUCAGUGUAUAUGGACUCUCGUAGUGUCACACUGCGUGUGGCUCUUGGUCCUGGUCGGUACGUCAUCCUCCCCACCACAUUCCAGCCUGGAGACACUGGACAGUUCCUCUUGCGUUUUUUCUCACACUCACAUGUCUGGCUCAGAGAGUUGAAGGAAGAACUGCCUGCUCCUUCAUUGUGGCAGUGUUGUAUUCCAGAGCCCAGUGCUGUUACUACUGUCCACUUGCUUAAGGCCUCUGGCCUCAGCAAACCCAAGCAAACAGCAUCUGAUGUGUAUGCUAUCAUCCGGUGUGAAGAGGACUCUGUCAAGACUCAAAUUUUCACAAAAGAUGGAAGCCCUGAAUUUAACACCAAGGCCAUCUUUUACAGCAGAAAUCCUAAAUCCAAAAUCUUCAUUGAGCUAUGGAGAAAAGGUUUGCUGUGGGACUCCUUCCUGGGAGGAGCACAAUUUCAGACAGGAAGAAAUGAACGAGGACGAAACAGAGUGAUUGAUUUGCAGGGUGGCCAGUCACAAGGCAGUGUUUUUGUAGAGACCUCCUCAAGCCAGUGCCUUACUGACCUGUGACUGACAGGUGUGCUCAAGGUACUGUAAUGGCAGGUGGUAAUUCUGUCUGACUAAAUAAACACUACUAAAAUGUCUGCAAUUACUGUAUAAUUUACAGGAGGUUCAUAUUUAUUACAACACAAUAGUAUUGUCAUGAAACAAACAUUUUGACUUUGAUACUAUACCCAAAUAAAGUAUAUUGAUACCGAUACUGAAUCGAUACCCUUUCAACAACUAAAACAAAUGGAAAGUAAUUGAUUAAUGGAUGAUGAAUGAAUAUAUGGAACCUAAAAUUCUUUUUACAUUGUUAAUAAAAAAACAUGAAAACUUGAAGCUAACCAACGUGUUCUUGACUUUUUUAUUUAAAAAUGUAAAAAUUACACCUCAUCACACAGGCCUAUAGUGAUCAUCAGCUAUGAGUUUAUGAAAGGGGCUCGAUACGACUCACGUUAGCGGAAUGGGGCAGCGUUGUGGACACAACCGUGGUUACAGAUGUAAGCGAGACGUUCCAAUUCGAUGUUUACUCAACGUUGUCCACUCAACGUUGUGUCAAUGACGACAGUAUGAGGUGCCUAUAUGAAGGGCCACAGCACUGCUCCCUGUCUUGACAUCUAUAAAACGAGCACAGGCAAGUAAUAUGUCCCAUAAUGACUGCUAAAUGACAUCGCGACCUUCAAGUAAGGUGUAAUGGGGUCUUCAUUUGAGGAGGAGGAAAAAGACCCCUGACUAGUUACACCAGCGAGGCAUUUUAAGCAGAUAAUAUUGGCCUAGCUGCAGGGUACUGAAGCAUAUUGGGAAGUGCCAGAAAAUAUUUCACCAUCUGAGGAAAACACAUGCCGAAAAAAAUGUGUUUAAUCUCACAACUGGGGAAACAGUAUUGGCAUAGUACAGAUAAAAAUUCUGAACCGAUGAAAACUGCUCCGCUCAGUUUCCCUAGGAAAAAGCCUAAUGAUGGAAAGGUACUGUAAGAAAAAAUGAGGAGGACAUUGAAGAUCUCAAUCAAAAAGUAGUUCAUUCAAUCGAAGCAGUGGCAAAGUACACAAAUCACUCAGGGUUCAUCGGAGUUGGAGUGAACCCUGAACACAAGUCAGUCUUAAUACUUACUGGGGUGGUUUCCCGGACAGAGAUUAGUUUAAGCCAGGACUAGGCCUGUAUCAUAUCGAUUACCUUCUGCCAGGGCCGUGCACAGACCUUUUGAGGGGCAUGUGCUGAAACUGAAAAAGGGCACCCCCCUCCAAAUAAAUAGCACAUAAUAAUUGUCUUAAAAACUUUAUAUUUAUUUACUAUUAAUGAUUGAAAAAUUCCCUAUUAAUGAAUGAAAAAUGACAUUAUAAAA